UAUGAAAUACACAUUUCAACAGUUCUCAAUACGGAACCCAUGUGAACCGGCACACUCUUAGUAACUUUAUAUUUUCUAUAAAUUCCCGUGUGUAUGAGGCGUGGCACAGUAAACUUACGUUUCCUUCCUAUUAUUACUGUCAUGCAGUCAAACCUUCACUAGGUAAGUACUCUUUUUAGUCAUCAUAUGUCGAAUAAAGGUGGUGGUUUUGUUCACCAUGCAUUUCUCUCUACCAUAUUUAAUUAGUAUUUUAACCAAGUUCGAGCCCACUUUGGCAGUCACGGCUUCUUUAAUUGCAAAUUCUGAGUUCGAAUACCAAAAGACAACUUCUAUAGUAUGGCAACAAGCUGAUUUCGACCUAGUAACAAAAUUCCUGGCAAUUUACCAAGGAAGUGUAGAAACAAUUCACAUGUACGAGAACCAGGACCGAUUUAUAGACAUACAACAAGCGAUCCUCUUUGUAACGUCAUCCUACGAAUUCCAUAAAUUUGUGGCGAAUUUAACUAAAAAUGUUACUUCAUCGAGCAAAGUCGUGACAGUUGUAACGAAUCCCAUCCCAGAUCUCAGUAAUAUUACGGAGAUAGCUUGGAAAUAUUAUAUUACGGAUUUCAUAAUACUGAUUCAAAAUGAGAACCAAUCUGCAGCGUACACGUACUAUCCUUACAGGGAUAAUAAGUGUGGAAACACUAGUCCUCUUAAAGUGGAUUACAAAGAAAACUUUUUCCCGAUUAAGUUUAAAAAUUUACUUGGAUGCCAAACUCGGGUGGGGACCUGGGCAAUAGCUUUUAUGCCCUACUUUAACGUGAAAUGUGGCAACGGUUCACAUUCUUUCUUUAAAGGAAUCUUUGGUAACCUGUUCACGAUAAUAGCCCAACACAUGAAUACUACAGUGAAAGUGUCAUGUGAGAAUUACAUAAAGAUCACACAUUCGUUGAAUGAAGGAAAUAUCCAUGUCCUCACGCCUGUGGUACUCUUAGAUUGGCAUACUUCGACAUACCAGACUACAGGAAUAAUUCACAUCUUUGAGUUGGUUUGGUGUGGACCCCCGCAGCGAGAAUUCCACGUUUGGAUUAAAGUGUUAGUGCCUUUCAUGAAUAUAAUUAUAGUUCUGCUCUGUGCCGCAUUUAUAGUGCUUGUAGUGCUACUAAAGAUCAUUAGCAAGAUUGAACCAAUCAACAAGAGCUUCCACAUAGUCUGGAACAUCUUAGCGAUUCUUUUAGGGCAACAGGCUGAAUAUGUAACAAAAUCUCGCUUGAUGAAUUUCCUUUUUUUGCUUUGGAUUUGGUUCAGUAUGGUGGUAACCACUGCUUAUAAUGGGCUAUUGGUAAAAGGUUUGCAGACGAAACUUCUGGAGCCGCGGUUCGACACAGUUGAGAAUGCUGUUCAUUUAGUAGACGGCUAUGGAGGAAUCGAGUGGUAUAAAGAAUGGUAUAAAGGCACUCCUAUUUGGAACAGAUUUGAGACGAUCACCUUAGAUGAAGAAGUCAAAAACGUGCGUCGCAUAUCGCAGGGUAAGAGAUACCUUCAAAUGAAUGAAAGAUUGAUAUUGUUAGGAUAUCGUUUACAAAUUUUGAAGCGCACCGCAGGUGUUGAGUAUUCCACGACACUUGUUCGCGCCCGAUGGGGAGGGGGGGUAAUAAUGAAAACCGCGCAGAGCAGGCUGAUAGAAGCCGGUAUUUUACAGAAAAUCAUUCGAGAUGAGGAACUUGCGGUUGCCAGUAGACAAGCUAAGCUGAGGAGAAACUCUUCUGACACGGAUGCUGGACAUUUAGACAUGGUAAAGCUUAGCUCUUGUUUCUUUUUUUUAGGGAUUAUGUGCCUGGUGUGUUGUUUAAUUUUACUAUUUGAGAUUGUUCAUCAUUGGCUCCAGAAGCCGAAUGUCAAAGGAAAAUUUCAGGCUAAACUGUUUUAA